UUCAUCUGUUAAUAUUUCAAAUUAAAGAUGGCCGAUGAUGAAACUCCUGCAGUUGAGGAGGAUAUUCCGAUUCUAGGGUAUAUGAAAGCUAGAACACAGUUCUCUAAAGCACUCAAUACCUGCUUUAAGGAGAACAGUUUGAAUGAAUUGGAAAAGACCUGGAAUAGUUUGGCAACAAGUGAUACGGAUCAUAAGAAGCAUAUCCUCGAUCAGUGUUUCCGUGAGUUUUUAACGGAUCAGCUGUUCCCCGACGGAAAACCUAAUAAAGAAUUUAAACCUGAACUCGUAGACAAAUUUGUGGAUUUUUCAAUACAGGCGUCUGAGAAGGAACUGUGUAAUCCUCUUGUUCCGAUCCAAGGCCUGGCGGAUAUAUUGGACCUUCUUCCUCUCUCCUCAUGCGAGAUUCUCUUCAAAGCAGUAGAGAGAGAGGUUGCAACCUGGCGGUCUCCUGGAUUCUAUAUGUUCAUCAGGAACAAUCUGUUACGUAUCUGUAACGAUCUGUUACGCCGACUCUCCCGAACCCAGAAUACUGUGUUCUGUGGCAGAAUUCUUCUCUUUCUCUCUAAAUUCUUCCCGUUCUCAGAGAGAUCUGCUCUUAAUGUUAUCUCAGAGUUCAACCUAGAAAAUGUGACCACUUUUGUGAAAGAGGAGGUCAUUGAUAAACCAGAGCCGAUCCAAGAGGAGAAAGGAGUGGAGGUUAAAGUCGAAGCGGAAAAGGAAAAGACUGCGAAUGGUGAUGUUAAGACGAAUGAAGAGAAGGAGGCUAAAGCCGGGGAGGUCAAAGAGGAAGAGAUGGAGGUCACAGAGGAGAAAAACAAAGAGGGGAACAAGAGUGAAAACGAGUGUAUGGAAAUAGAGUUAAUUGUUGAGGAGAAAGUAGUGCUUGAAGAUAAGACGGAACCUGCCCAGGAAACUAAAGAGGAGAAAAAAUCUCGCGAGUUUAAACUUUAUUUCAAGUUUUGGCAGCUUCAAGACUAUUUCAGGAAUCCUACCCAGUGUUACCAGGAUGAGCAAUGGAAACAGUUCUGUGAAUACACCCAGGAUAUCCUGCACAUAUUCCAAAAGAGGAAACUCGACACCAGGGCCAGCAAGAAGGAGGAAAUUAUCCCAGGCAGGGAGCUCGCCGCCACCUUCCUGGAUCAAUACUUUGCCAAGUAUCUGACAAAUCAGAAUCUUCUCUCAUUGCAGCUUAACGAUUCAAAUUUUAGAUACCAGGUGUUAAGUGGUGAUCAGACCAAGUGGAUUGAUGAUCACAGGAAGAAAAUAUUUAAACUAAUUGAAGAAACUCCUCCAAAUGGAAAAGCAUUUGCAUCCUCAGCUAAAUCUAUUCUGAAAAGGGAGCUGAUCUGGAGUCGAUGGAAGAAUGAAGGUUGUCCCAGCUUUGUUAUCAAAUCCACUGUAAAGGAGGAUGAUGAGAAGAAGACUGCUGAUGAGAAACCUAAACUCAUCUCUAAUCCCAGGAAACGGAAGGCAGGGCUAGGCGAGUUGAUUCGAGAGGAAACUAAACGUGGAGAGGUGAAUCUAGGGAAUAAAGGAUUGACUAAACUUUGGAAUUUAAAUCCCGACAAUCUAGAGGCUUGUAAAGAUAUAGAACGGAACUUCCUUCCAAGUCUAGAGGAAUUCUUUUCCGAAGCAAUUCAGGAGAUCAACCCUAAAAACCAGGUUGAGGAAGCUUAUAUGAAGGUGAAUAAGGGAGAAUGGGGAUGGAGAGCACUCAGAUUAAUGUCGAGGAGAUCACAGCAUUUUUUCCUCGUAGGAAACAAACAAAUAUCAAAGCUGCCUGAGUACCUGAAGGAGAUGAUCGGAAAGAUAGCGGUAGAUAUUGGAGUCGAUGAAGAUAUGGACGAUGUUGGUAUGGAUGAAGAUGUGUCGGAGACCCACACUAACGGAGAAAAUGGAAACGGAGACUCCGGGGCUGCGCUCAAACUAACAGACGAUCAGAUUGCGUCUCUAGCAGUAAAGUUGGCUCCUCACUAUUCUACUCUGAUCCCUAAGCUGGGACUAAGUAAUGAGAAGGUUGAGGAGUGUAAGCAAGGAGAUGAUCUGCUGGAUACAGAGAUCUGCCUGAAGCUCCUCAUGGCCUGGGUUGAGCUGGAGGGAGACGGGGCUUCUCCAGAUGAAAUCAGAUAUAUGUUGGAGUCGGUGAAACUGUCCCACAUCGUCGAAGGAAUUAUAUAAAAUUAUUAAAUCUUUACAUAGUUGAAAACCCACACCAAACAGUGAAAGAAUCUAAUUAAUUUUGGAGUUUGUUAAACCACCAACCCAUUUUUUAGAUGUCACAUUUGUAAAUUUGAUAUUGUCGUACAGUGUACCAAGUACUGGGUGCAACAGUGAAGCCUAUGUAUGUACUUCGCGCAUUUAAAGUUCCAGUUUCAGA